AUGUAUAUUCAGAAUUAUUUAAUUUAAUCAUUAGAGAAGUUGUUAAUUUAUUUCAAAAAAUGCAAAUUAAUUUAUAUUACGUAAUCAAAUCGUUAUCCUACUUAUCGAUAUUCAAUCAUGCAACAAAAAAAAUAAAAAAAGUAAGUCUCUAUAUAAAAUUUUAGAUUAUCAAGAAGUCCUUAAAGAAAUCCUUAAACAACUAAUACUACUCUAAUCAGUAAUACAACUUAUAAAUCGCCAAAUAAAUUUGAUAAAAAGAGAGGUACUUCGGCAACAAUACCAACAGAAUCAUAUCGUAUUGGAAAAAAAGAUUAAAUUGAAAAGCGCAAGGUUUCUAAAAUAAACAAAUAAAAAAAUUUAGAAAAAAAUAAUUUUGUAAGAAAAGAAUCAAAAUUCAAAGAGAUUCAGAGAAGAUAAGAGAUAGGAUUAGAUUUUUUAAACAAAAUUUGCAAAAAAAAAAUUUAACUUCUUCUUCAAAGUAUAGGUUCACAAUUAAUAUAUAGGAUAGAAAACUUAAGAGCUUUCACAUUUCUAACAGAGUAUCAAAAAAAAAGCAUAAACUUCAUAAAAACAUGGACUACAUGUAAAGUAGAAAUUUAAAUUACAUCAGUAGUUAAAAUAAAAUGAAUAAAUGAAUAGAAAGAUGGAUAAGAAAAAAUAAAUGCAAAAUUGUCGAAAUGUUUUGAAAAGUAAAUUAAUUUUAAAUAAUAGAAAGUACAUCAGAAUAAAGAUGUAAAAAAAGAAGCGUGACUUCAAUAACUUAAAUGAAACAAAACACUUAAAGAAAUUCAAGUUUUAAGACUAAAAAUGAAAAUACAACUUAACUCACUGGUUUUGAAGGAGAUUUAUUGGAUAAAUAUAAAAAAUUAUAAGCUCGAUAUUCAAAAAUAUAUUAAACAUUUUUUGAUGAGAGUAGUUGUGUAUAAUAUUUGACAGAUACAGAUCCAUAUAAUUUACCUUCUCAACCAACCUCGAAUAAAUAGUAAUAAAUUUUAACUGAAGAAUUUUCUUUAAACAGAGAUGAAAAAGUUUAAUUGAAAGAAUUUGGAAUUCUCGAAAAAGAAUUUAAUAAAAUGCAUUAUGCAGCUACUAAAAUUUAAAAAGUUUGGAGAGGAUAUAUAACAAGAAAAUAAUUUUUAGAUUAAUAAUUUGAAUAAUAUUAUUAUAAAUAACCAGAAGUUUUUAAUGAAGAAACUUUCAGAAGUUAAUUUCGAUUUGAAAAAGACAAUCAAUCAAUUUAAUAAGGAAGGGAAUAAACAUUAAAUUAACUUACUUAUUAAACUGAUAUUAAUUUCAUUUUAGAUUUAGAAUCUGAAAAGGGGGAUUAAUAGGAACGUAAACCCAGUCCAAAAAUUUCUGAUAAAUUUGUCAAAUAUUAAAAAAUGAAAUGGCAAGAACUACUUGAUUAUAUAUCUUAAUUAGAAAUGCAUACUUAAGGAAAAUCAAUCGAUUAAGUACUAAAAGAUUUGAAAAAAUUUACUUAGUAAUGUUCUUAAGAUUGUUCUCUAAGCAAAUUUUAAAUUAAGAAAUUAGAGAUUUAAGUUCCUUAAUUUUCAUAAGAAUCUAUGGUUAUGAGUGAGAUUAGAUAAGCAAUGUGUUCUGAAAAAUUAAUCAAACAAAUAAUGACUUCUUCUAUAAAAUAAGAGAAUGAAUCAAUUUUUGAAUAAUAGCCAUUUCAUUAAUUUGCCUCAUAAAAAAUUGAUGAAAUAUUAAAUAGAACUUAAAUGAUUGAAUUAAUAAAAAUGAAAUAGUAAAUCAUUCAAGAAUAAUAGAUAGAGCAGCAAAGAGUUUUGACAAAAUAAUUUUAAUAAAAAUAAAUAUCUCCGAAUACAUUUGAGGAAAAAUAUUAAACUUUAGAAAAAUGGGUUAAUAAAUAAUAUGAAGAAAUUGAAAAUAAUAAAAUAAGUUUUGAAAAAGGAUGGCAAGGAUUAUACGAUACUUUUAUUUAAACUGAAAAAGAACUUAAGUUUUUACAACAAUAAAAAUAUUUGUAACUUUCUUCACUUUCAAAUUCUCAGUAGUUUAUAAAUUAUUCAAUUUCAGCCUUUUCAGAUUCUGCAUAUAAAAAAUCUCUUUAGGAGUUAUCAAAUUAAAAUGAAACUCUUUUUCUUAAUAAUUAAAAUGAUGAUUUAGUAAACAAUCGCCUAAGAACUCAUAAUUCAACAUCUUAAACUCCAGAUGAAAAGAUUAAAUUUUAAAAUUUUGAAAUCAAUCAAGAAACUAUAGAAUGGGAUGAUGAAUAAUUGUUGACAAGUUAAUAAUUUGUAUAAAAUCAUUAAGUUAAAAGUUCUCAAACAAAUUGUAUAGCUAAAAGUAUUCUUUAGAAGGGAUUAGAAUAAGCUGAAAUAGAUUUUUUGCAUUAAGAAGUAUGAUAUAUCAUUUAUAAAAGGUAUAAAAUGAAGAACUAAAUUGGCUCAAUUAUGAUGAAUUUAAAUUUUAUAUACUUAUGGACAUUUCAAAUUUAGUUUUAAAUGAUUUGUUAGAAGAAUUCCUAAAUGAAUGUAUAUAAAAAUUAUUUUGA